CGUCACCACAAAGAGGCGAAGAGUAAACAGAGUCAGCUGAGCCAAGCGCCCUUGACGAGUGCAUGACGCAUCUCCGGACCAGUUUCUGUAAAUCCUGACACAGACUUCCUCACAAUUAAAUAAGAUCAUAUAGAAGUAGUUUCAGCCACUGUUCCUUUAAUAUGUCUUCAACAGAUGACCUAGAAGCAAUAUUGCCAGAAGAUUUAGAAUCUUCUAUGGCAGCAUCAAGAAUAGAUGUAAAAGUAUACAAAAGACGAUGGUGGAUAUUAUUCCUCUUUGCAGGAAUGGGAUUUAUGCAGUGUGCAGUGUGGAACACCUGGGGUCCUAUAACUUCAUCUGUAAAGCUUGCUUACUCAUCAUGGACAGAUGCUGAAAUUGCUUUGCUUUCCAUGUGGGGUACAAUAACAAUGAUAUUUGGUCUAAUACCCAUGACUGCACUACUCCAGUUGAAAGGUAUGGAAGACUGCUGUGCAUUUUUUUAUCUCAUUUUCCAUAUGCAUAUGCACACACAUGCACAUGUACAUAUGUAUGUACAAUGUGGUGUAGCAAUAGUAUUCUGUCUAGCAACCUAUGUUCAUGUCCAGCACUAUCAGUGGAUCGUAACCCUGGCUCUUCCUUGCACAAUAAACAGACAAUCAAACACAUUCCUCACCAAGCAUGUUUUGUCUCACGUUCCAAGUCUUAACUCCCUUGUACAGCCCUUGUCCGCCAGAGCCACUAAGGUAACAGGAAUUAAAAACAAAACGGGGUCGGCGGUUCGCGCCCAGCUCAAGCACAAGAAGUUGCUAUUACCGCCUGGAGGUUAUUACUGUGGAAAGGCAUCUCGAAAUAAGAGUGAUAUGUAUGGGAUUAUAUUCUGUAAUGUUGGCACCAAUGUCGAGCUUGCAGUUGGCACUGCCGUCUUCUAG